AUGAAGUCCCUCGCUCCUCUAUCCGUCCUCACCUCACUGGCAGCCCUAAGCAACGCCGCCACCAUCCCGACCAAGACCCUCUCCCGCCGCGCCGACUUCUGCGACCAAUGGGGCUCUACAACAACAGGCAGCUACAUCCUCUACAACAAUCUCUGGGGCCAAAGCGACGAUCCCUCCGGCACGCAGUGCACAGGCCUGGACUCCGUCAACGGCGACACGAUCGCCUGGCACACCUCCUGGUCCUGGGCCGGCACGUCGUACCAAGUCAAGAGCUACGCGAACGUCGCCCUGCAGUUCACAUCCAAGCAGCUGAGCGCCGUGAGUAGUAUCAAGUCCGCCUGGGAAUGGAGCUACUCUACCACCGAUAUCGUCGCUGACGUUGCAUACGACCUAUUCCUCAGCUCGACUCCGGACGGCAGCAACGAGUACGAGAUCAUGGUGUGGCUUGCUGCGCUGGGCGGUGCGGGCCCGAUCUCAUCGACUGGCUCUGCGAUCGCGACUGUUGAUAUUAACGGUGUUUCGUGGGAUCUGUUCGUUGGUCCGAAUGGGAGUAUGACUGUGUACAGUUUCGUCGCGGCGUCUACCGUUACGAGUUUCGAGGGUGAUCUGUUGGAGUUCUUUAAGUAUCUGGAGAAUGAUCAGGGAUUGAGCUCGAGUCUGUAUUUGAUUGAUGUUCAGGCUGGCACGGAGCCUUUUACUGGGACGGCUGAUAUGAAGACUACGUCUUAUUCGGCUGUCGUUGCUUGA